AAAUCCCAGAAGACUCGAAUGGAAAGUGAAACUUUGUAAAAGAUCUAACCAUAAACUUACGCAGAAUUCUUUCACUUUUCAUUUUAUAAGAGAACGAAAGUAACAAAAUAAAAACAGUAUUUUCAUGUCUGGUAAUUCAAGUCCCAAUUUGUUUCGUCAGUCGCUACCAGAAUGGUUGAAAGAACAAAUAGACAGUGGGAAACACAAAGGAGUGUAUUGGAUAGACGAGAAAGCUAAAAUAUUUCAUGUUCCUUGGAAACAUGCUUCUCGAAAUGGUUGGGAAGAUGACGAUGUUUCACUUUUUAAAGCGUGGGCAAUAUAUACUAAUCGUUACAAGGAGGGAGUAGAUAUACCUAAACCUGCAUUAUGGAAAACAAACUUUAGGUGUGCAAUCAACUCACAUAAUUCUAUAACAUUUCUUGCCGAUCAAGGGCAAAGAAAAGGUGAUUCGGCUCACCGUAUCAUGAAAUUAAUUGAUAAUCCUAAAAAAAUAAAUAAAAGACUAUAUUGUAAUAAUUCUCGUUCAGAGUCAGAAAAUCCAAAAAAACAAGUGAGACUAACCUAUCCUCAUGGAAAAACUGAAUCAAAGCAGUUAAUUUCGGCAUCUGUUUGUGAGGAUUGUUUUUCAUUAAAAAAAAGGGUUCAAUUUGGCUUAAAUGCAUUAGAUUUUUCAUCAGAGGAGCAUCCAUAUGCAAUGCUACGAACAAAGUAUCAAGAAAUUAUUGAAUCACAACACCAUGUUUGUAAAGAUAAUGAUUCAGUUCAACUCACAGAUAUGUUGUAUCAAAUUGAAUUAUAUGAAUCUAAAAAAGAAAAUAAAUUUCGCCAACCUAAUAUUCAAGAUCUUUUUUAUAUAGUAAAGGCUUUGCAGCCAACAGAAGAUUCUAGUAAUGAGUUAUCUGGAAAUGUAAAAUCUGAAAUAGAAAAUCUUUCAGACGACAGUACUUAUGAAAGUAUGAAUAAUAGUGAAUCAGUUUUGACAGAGAUUGAAGUGGUUACAAAUGAAGAUGAAUUAGACAUUGUUGUGAAAAAAGAUGAUAACAAGUAUGGCAUAAAAACUUUUAAAAUGGAGGACACAAGUAAUGAUGAAGUUGAAGAGGAUGUUAUACUCCCAAGAAAUAUGUGAUUUAAUUAAAGAUUUGUGUAUUAUUUUUAAUAUUUCUCAUGUUCUUUUUUUCUUCAAAUAUCCAUUUAUUUAUGA